UCUCAUAAACUCCUUAAUCCUUCAGUUUGAUUCUGUUACUGUUAGUAAAAUUUUGUCUAAAUUUUGAAGUUAGAUCAGUUUUAAUUUUUUUUUCUAAGCUGUCACGACAUUAACCUUUACAUCGUUUGCUUUUCCGUGAGUUUAUGAAAUAGCCCAACAUUUUUAAAUGAUACACAGCACACAAACAGUCAGCCUUUACUGGAGAAAACAAAACUCAGUCUAAUCUACUUUCAGAGCUGUUAAUAACAGGGAUGUUUAUGUACAGAAAUACCAAGUCUGGAGAGAAGAAACUAUAUAAAAUCUGGAAUGGAAUUUUAGCGGUGUAUAGUUUUACUGUCUGUUUACCAGGAGCUAUAUGUUGGCAGCAACAUCCAUUUAUUAUUCAAGUUUUGCAAAACCAUAAAAGUGAUGUUUCAUCUCAAAUAGAUAGCCUAGAACCAGCUACGUUGCAGACUGACAUAUUGUUGGAUAAAUCAAACAGUCACAUUUGUAAAAACCUAAAGAUAGAUGAAGCUUGCUUGACCAUCCAAUCAACAAUUAGUAGUACACUAAAUAUUUGGACCCAGAGCUCGGAAUGUGAAGGAUGCCCUGUUUUAUUCCAAAGAAACAUUACUUCUGCAGAAAAUGUGACUUUGAAAGUUAAUACCUCCACAGAAACUAACGUAACACUUACUAGAAGGACUGCUGAAGAUGUAUUUUGCAGCACUGAAAAACUACAGCAAUAA